AUGGGAUUAUUACACCGAAUCGAUAAGUUUCUGGAACUAGAUGGUUCCAAUAACAUGCAGAACAAGGAUAUUGUUCCGAUACCUAUUAACAGAAGAAAAUGGGGAUAUACCGGUUAUAUUUCCUAUUGGGCAAUUAUGAACUUGUGUCCAGUGACAUGGUCUGUUGGGGCAUCGCUUUUGACAGUUGGUCUUAAUGGAGCGCAUGCUAUGGGUACUGUGGUUGUCGGUAAUUUCAUAGUUUGCCUUGCUACCAUCAUCGCAGCUGUGUAUGGUUCAAACUAUCACAUUGGAUUUUCCGUUUUCCAGAGAGUUGUGUUUGGGAUUAGAGGAGCAUACUAUGGUGUGCUCGUCAGAUCUAUUCUUUCCGUUGUGUGGUUUGCAUCGCAAAGUUAUUUGGGUGGUCUUUGUGUGAAUUUAGUUCUAUCCUCGUGGAGUAAGUCAUACAUGAAUAUGAAGAAUCACUUCCCAGACAGUGUUAAAAUGACUUCUCAAGAGUUAAUUGGUUAUGUCAUCUAUCUAAUCAUUACGGUACCUUCUUUAAUGGUUCCACCUGAAUACUAUGAUUAUAUCUUGGCAACAAGUUCAGCAGCAACAUUUUUUUGUGGGUUAGGAAUUACAAUUUGGGCUGUUAAAGAAAACGGCGGUUCUGGUACUCUCAUGAAUACCCCAAUCACUCUAAGCUCGAGUGAUUUUGGCUGGAUGUGGAUGUACGGUAUUAAUUCAUGGUAUUCUUCCUUGGUUGCAGGGAUUGCUAACCAAUCUGAUUUUUCUCGUUUCAAUAAAAAGCCCAUUCAUUUUUAUCUUGGAACUUUGAUUGGUAACACCCUUAGCGGGUUCAUUGUUCCAUUAUUUGGGAUUAUAUGUGCAUCUGCUUUGGAAGAGAAAUAUGGUGUCGAACUUUGGAAGCCUAAUGAUAUAGGUAUGUUUUGGUUACAGAAUGAUUACUCUCCAAGUCGUAGAGCAGGUGCGUUUUUUUCCGGAAUUGCCCUAGUAUACUCACAAUUAGCAAUCUGCGGUAUUGGUAAUGCCAUUUCAGGUGGUAUGGAUCUAUCAACUAUUUUCCCACGCUAUAUUAACAUUAGAAGAGGUGCCAUGAUUAUCCUGAUUCUCGUAUGGCCUACACAACCCUGGUUAUUCUAUAACUCGUCGUCGGUAUUUAUUUCCGUCAUGUCAUCAUUUUCUGUGUUUGUCACACCUAUGGUAGCAGUAUACAUAUGUGAGUACUUUUUGGUCAGACGCUGCAUUAUCAAGCUUUCAGACUGUUAUAUUAACAGUAGUAAAUCUAUCUACUGGUAUCACCAAGGAAUAAACUGGAAAGGAAUUGUUAUUUCUAUCUUAGGAAGUGCACCUGGUCUUCCCGGUCUUAUUAACGCUGCAAACCCAAAAAUUAAAAUCAGCAGAGGUAUAGAGAAUUUCUAUUAUGGAUCAUUUAUAUUCCAAUUUGUUACUACAUUCGCAAUGUAUGCGAUAGUAAGCUUUAUCUGGAAGCCCGAAGUUGGAACUCGCGAUAAUGUCGACUACUUCAACACUUACACCGAAGAAGAAUGUAUGAAGUUAGGAAUUAUUCCAUAUAAUGGCCAAUUGCCCGAAGAUAUAUCAGAGACAGAAUCCGACGAAUAUAAAAAGGAUUUAGUAGUGCAAACGGUGAAACAUCAGAAAGAAUGA